UUAUCUGACCCUUAUCCCAAGAUAUUCCCCUUGUCAAAAAACAAUAAACAUAUUCAUUGUUUUAAUUAUCAGUUGGGAAUUACGAUAAAAAAAAUUACUAGCCCGGGUACAAGUAGGUCGCAAUCAACGACUCUUCUGACCAUUUGUGCGUUCAAACGUCUAGACUCAAAACUACGCGAUCUCGUCCUCUCCUCUGAAUCCAAUCUUCCAAUGGCUCCCGCCGCCGUCAACCGAUGGCUACGGCCCGAGGUUUACCCUCUCUUCGCCGCAGUAGGUGUAGCCGUUGGGAUCUGUGGAAUGCAACUGGUUCGCAACAUCUCCACCAACCCUGAAGUCAGGGUGACCAAGGAAAAGCGGGCUGCUGGCGUGCUGGACAAUUUCGCAGAAGGAGAGAAAUAUGCAGAACAUGCAGUCAGAAAGUUUGUUCGUAACAAGUCUCCCCAGAUCAUGCCAUCCAUCAAUGGCUUCUUCACUGAUCCUAAAUGAGAUAUUUCAGUCCUGUUGGUUAAAAUAUGUGACUUCUAUUUUUCUAACCUUGCUGGUUAGCACUGUUUAAAAAGGAAUGCAAGAUACAAUGCUUAUUAUACUGAAUGGAAUUUCUAAGCUACAGAUUGAAAUGUUUGAAUAAAUGCAGUCUGUGGAGACAUGUAUAUUCUCUGUUUUUUGUAUUACAUUCAUCAUCUGCUACUUAGUCUCUCCUUGUUUAGCAUUUGUUGGUUAUUUUUUGUUUGGUACUUCCACUCCAACUAGUGUACCAAGAGAGGUUUUUAGAAGCAUAAGUGGUGGUGGGCAUAUUCACAACUGGGAGAACCUCAACUGUAUAACUUAAGUAGGUUUUGAUCUGAUUGUUGUUGAUCGGCUUUUGUUGGACUAUGUCAGUUUUAAUAUGGUUUACCAACUUUUUAUGGGUG